AUGGACUCCAUGAGAUCGUUGAACACUUCCUUACCGAGCUCGACUCCCCGUCCUCAGCCCCCCGAGCAACUCCUACAGUCGUUCAAAGCCGCCGCCCUAUCCGUGACCAACCUCUACAAGAAUGCUGUCUGCGAACAAUCCCAGGCAAAGCAAGCGGGCUAUCAGGAAGCCAUUGAGGAUCUGCUGCAGUUCCUUGACAGAGAGAACUUGGGCCUAGGAGAUGGGGAAGGCUGGUCGGUUCGACAAUGGGCAACGGAGAGACUGGAUGGCAACGGGGUCCCCGGUAGCGACGAUGACGAUACCGAAAAGAGAGCUAGGAGCACAACGCCGGCUGCAGUCCGCAAGGAACAAUCUGGGCCAGACGCUUCUCAAUCACCACCAAAACCCGCCUCGUCUCCUUACGAUGCGCACGUUGCCCCGCAGCAACAACAACAGCCACAGCCGCAGCAGCAACCGGCACCACCAUCACAGCCAGAAGCCAACUCCUUCGACAGGCCAGCCAUCUUCACAUUUACUUCUGGGCCUUCGUUCCCUCAGCCUCAAGAGCAAGAUGUUGACAUGCAACCAUCGGAAAAUUCUCCCGAUGGAGCACCCGUUCUCUCCGUUUUCCCUCGCAACUCCCGCUCGCAGCAUCGCCACAACAACUUGACACGGUCUAACCAGCGCACGUCGACACGUGAGCCUUCUGUCGGGGUAGGCUCAAAAAGGAAACUUGCCGUUCCUGACUUUUUUGACUUGUCCGAUAUGUUUGGAGGGAGUAAGAGGGGGCGUUUCACCUAA